UCCUUCACAUCAGCUCUGCGUCGCGAAGCAUGAAUUGACCAUGAAGCGCCUUUAACUUUAGGUCACAUCAACAAACAGUAACGUUAGUCGGAAACGUUAGCUUUCGUUUCCCCAUGCACUGAGAGCAGACACGCCCCUGUACCAAAACGUGAUAACAAUUCUUUGGCCUAAUAAUUUACGAACGUCUGUUUUCAUAAAUUUAAGGCACUUAAAGUUAGCUAGCUAAUGGUAUACAGCUAGCUAGCUAUCUAGUUAGAAUUAUUGCGCACUCUUAGCUUGGUUGUCAUGCAGGAAUAGGAGAACUCGUGAUGUGAUGUGACAUCGCUAAUGAAAAUGGGGACGUUUCUUGCCACCAAGCCAUCAAUUAAACUAAAUCAACAGUAUGUGCCAAAAUCAUGGAGUUGCUGGGCCAGAACAAGGUGGACCAUCGUCAGAGGAAAGUUGCUAUCGUCAGCCAAGACAGUUUCUACAGAGUCUUGACACCUGACCAGAAGGCCAAGGCACUCAAGGGCCAUUACAACUUUGACCACCCAGAUGCUUUCGACAACGAGUUGAUGUACCAAACCCUGAAGGAUAUUGUGGAGGGGAGUGUGGUGGAGGUGCCGACAUAUGACUUUGUCAUGCAUUCCAGGCUGCAGGACAGGAUCACGGUGUACCCCGCUGAUGUGGUUCUGUUUGAGGGCAUUCUGGUAUUCUACUCUCAGGAAGUGAGGGACAUGUUUCACAUGAAGCUCUUUGUGGACACUGACUCUGAUGUCAGGCUGUCCCGCAGAGUUCUGCGGGACAUGAAGAGAGGCAGAGACCUGGAGCAGAUCCUUAACCAGUACACCACGUUUGUCAAGCCAGCCUUCGAGGAGUUCUGUUUGCCUACCAAGAAAUAUGCAGAUGUAAUUAUUCCUCGAGGAGUUGACAACAUGGUGGCCAUCAACCUCAUCGUGCAGCACAUCCAGGACAUCCUGAAUGGGGACCUCUGUAAGUGGCACCGUGGAGGAGUGGUGAAUGGGCACAGCCAGGGCUUCAAGCGGGCCAUCUCGGAGCAGGGGGACCUGGAUAACGCCACCUCCAACCUCCCCCUAGGGAAGAGGGUCCUACUGGAGCCCAGCAGUCGCCCCCACUGAGGCAGCCAUCUGUGUGUGUUUCUCUACUCUCAGACUGACAGUCUACUUUUAUAUACACCUUCCUAAUAUUGAGUUGCACCCCCUUUUGCCCACAGAACAGCCUCAAUUAGUUAGGACAUGGACUCUACA